CCCCGACACCAUUCGAUUAACAAGAAGUCCAGUAUUAGUUCGUUUAUUGAGCGGUUACAAAACCAGCAGAGACUCUGUUAAGCUCACUAGAAGCGAGGUUUGAUCAACAGACGUCGAGGAACUGAAGCUGCGAAAAUACAACCUCCUUAGCUUCGUUCGGAAGCGACAAGAAGCGAAUCUCAAGAGCACAAAGAAAUCAUGAAGCUUUUGGCAAACGCCCGGUUGGAUACGCUUAGUGCAGCAAUUUCCACCAACACAGGGGACAGCCAGAUCGAGGGAAGGUAAGAUGUCGGUUGUCGUCUUACAGUUAUAAGCUAACUUUAUUGUUUGCUCUAAAUAAGCUUAGCUGUCAAAGUGAUCCAACUGACUGCAUUUCUCUGAGGCAAGACGUGCAGUAUUACGGCUGAUUUUCUGCCAUAUGAACGAACACAAGGCUUAAAACCAAUAUUAUUUUUCUACUUUUACACUAGAUUAAUUUCGUUUUCGUGAUUUGAUUUUAUUUCGGUCGAUGACUAUGUACAAACGCUGUGUUUCAAUUUAACCCUUCGCCUAUUUUAAUUGUCAUAUAUUUUUGAGAAGGGUAAUGAUCGAUAAAGAGAAAAACAAUGCCAGAUACAGAUUGAGCCAUUGUGUAAAUGUGUUGUUUUCCGUCGAUCACGGGACUUUCCGCUGACGGAGAGAGGACAAAUCGAGGGGAUUGUUUACCAAAAUACAAGGGCAAACGGAUAUCGAUUCACGGUUUGGGCAAAUGGUACGCAAAAUUCAUGACUGGCAAAUAUCGUCCUUUAAUCUCGUUCACCAUUUGCACAAAUCAAAUCCAUUUUCCCAAAAAACAGCUACGAAAGCCUGAAACUGGUAUCAAAGGUGACUUCGAUGAAAAUGGAACACGAAUUUCUGCUUGGAACAUUUGGAACACAAAAACGUUACCUUUUCUUUUCAGAAAUUCUGUUGCUCACAGAAGUUUUUUUAAUUGGAAUGACCUGAAAAGUCAUGUUCCAUUUGCUUGCCAACUGGAUUUUCUGGAAACUUUUUGCAUAUGGUAAACAACUGCGGUCUCUACCUCGUGAUAUGUUCAUGUAAUGAGACUGGAGGGCUUGGUUACCAGAGAAACUAAUGUAUGGUGCUGUGUCAGUGGGAAAUUGCCCAAGUUUGAUGUAUUUAAAAAAAUACGACUCCGAGGCUUUAGGGUCAUAAAUGCAAAUUUUACAUGACUCCAUUGUGUCGCAAUUCCCAGAAGAGACUUGAGCACAAAGAAACCAAACCAAAUAUAGAAAAAUGACCGGAAAGCAUCGGAGUCAUUUUAGAAUUUUAAUAUAUCAAACCUGAAAAAUUUGGUCUAAGAGUUAAUUUACCUCUGUAAAGAAAUUAUAAAGCAGAAGUUUCAAGCACAAGACUUUCAUCAGAGCAACUCAGUGGAUUGUGGGUUUUAUGCAGUUUAUACAGCUAUUUUGCGAAAGGUUGUCGGAAAAAGUGCACGCAACAAUCCCGAAAGGUAUUGUGGGUGGUUUUUAGAUCACAGUUUUUUCAAAGAAAUUUCAAAGAAUGGCAAGAGGGGCCAUGGACGUAUGUUAGUGAGUGCUAAAGGAAAGCAACAAAAGUAGGUUCGACGGCUACAAUGUCAGCAACAGUGUAUUGAUCAUAUCCCAUAUUACCUUUCGGGAUUGUUGCAUGCACAGUUUUUCUGACAACCUUUCUAGAAAUAACUGUAUAUCAAAAUGUGGUGGAUGUACAUCAUAGUUGGUAAUAUGGUAAUACAGGGCUCGAAAUUAAAAAAAUCUCCAGGUCGCCUUUGGCGACCAACCCGAGAAAUAUAGUCGCCAGAUGCAAAUUUUUAGUCGCCAGUUUGUAAAAUGUAAAUGACGCAGCUCAUAGGUACAGGGCUUCCGAUAUUUCGAGCAGGAGCGGAGCCGCGAAAUUCACAAAAACACGCGAAAUACUGCGAAAUUCAGUGGAAAUCUUAUCUAAUACAUGUCUGCACAACAUAUUUGAAACUUAUCUCAGCUAUUGGGGCUAUUUACUUGCCGUAAACUUGCAAAUUUAUCUUGAUACUUCGUCACUGAAACGUGCAAAUAACGUCACGAAACUACCAGGCGUAGAUUAUGUUGCGAAAAACUGAGCACUAGCCAUGAUGUUAAAGGCUUUGCCAUUGGUUCGUUUCUCGAGCGUAUUGUUGUUGAAAGAGCAAAUGAUGACCUCUGUUAGAAAAACGUUUAAAACGCUGGUCUGAUCGGCGCAAAACCGAUCGAUAUCUGACAAAAUUUUCCCUCAAAAAUAACCACAAAAUCAGCCUUUUUUACCGAAUGAUUUUCGGUGAAGUUUGCCCCAAACAUUCCCGCAAAAGUGCCGCAAAAUCGGCCGAUUUUUCUGCGAAUUCGCCCCUAAAAAUCCCGCGAAAUUUGACUUUUUUCCGCUACCUAUCAGAAGCCCAGCAUGUUAUGGCGCGAUCCAUCAGAUUUGAAAAUAUCAUGAAGUCGGUAUAAAUUUGGAGGUAAAAUGGCUUUGUUUAUGCGAUUUGUCACAUUUUUCAUGAUGAAAGCAAAGCAAGAUAAGAUGAAAUGUUUGUUUUAAUUUUACUCUUCUAAAAUCUGGUCGCCACUUUGGCGACUUAACCAGAAUUUUUAGUCGCCAAAGAGAAAAUGUUAGUCGCAUUGGCGACUGUAUCAGUCGCAAUUUCGAGCCCUGUAAUACAAAAAACAACAAUAUAUUACAGCUGUAGCUGAAUGAAAGUGUUCUUUGAUUUUCAUAGGAAUUAAGAGUGAACAUUUAGAAGAUAAAUUUUUGUUCUAUAUUUUUUGCCACUUUUGGUGUUGCCUUGGUGUGAGAAGUGAAGUCUACACAUUGCCAUGUUUGGUUAGAAUGCUUUGAAAGGAUGAAAGGGCAUGUGACUGGUCUUCAUACCUAGGCUGUACCAUAAAAACCACAGAAUAGGCACAAUCUCUGGACUCGCUCUGAUAAAUGACUGGUACAUGUGUAAUAUACUCAAAACAUCAUUUGAGGCGAAGAAACUAAGUUCUUACAUAACAUGAUAUGUUAAUAUAUGACUCUUCUUUCUCCUGUUUAUUUAUCUUCUCUUAGAAUUGAAAGCUAUUCUUGCAAGAUGGCGGGUAGUGACAAGAAAUUAUACAAAACUCUAAAUGAAGGCAGUGGUCCCAAUGAACUUCAAGCAUUAUCACCACCCCAAACACACUUUCAAACCACUACUCCAGGUAGUAUAUCGCCCACAAACAGCAGUUACCCUGGUAUUCUGGCCAAUAUGCGACCGAGGACACUUAGCACAGGAAGCCAGGAAGAAGCAGUAUUGUGCGACACCAUCAGUCGUAAGAUGUUAUUUUACUUGAUAUCAACACUGAAUGCGGCAUUCAAUCCUGACUAUGACUUCAGCAAUGUUAAGUCUCAUGAAUUCUCUCGUGAGCCAAAUCUGCGAGUUGUCAUAGACACAAUUAACGGGAAUUUGUCAGCAAAUGUUGGGGAGCCUUUUGUGGCGCUGAAGACUGGGUUAUGGGCUGCUGUGGAUGAAGAGAUAAAUCUUGCAGAGUGUGAUAUUUUCAGGUAACUUUAAAUAUUGAGUUUGGUCAUUUCAAGCGUCAAAUGCAAUCCUGAGUCAGCCAAGCAUGAACCAACCUUAAGUGAAGCCCGAAAGUUAAUUUUUUUCACAUUUUACAGUUUCAUUGCCACAGAAAAGCAUUUUAACAAUUUUGUUGAAAACAUUUUCAAGACAGGUAAUAUGUGAUAUACCUGCAUUGUGGUGAAUAAAACACAUUCUACAUGUAUAACAUAAAGAGUUCAGUAUUGUGCCACAAGCUGUUGUCACACCUGCUCCUUAUUAACAACAGAUCAUGAAAUGACCAAACUAUUGCAACAAAGAACAGAGAGAAAUAACGUUUCGUGCCUGUUGUCCUUCUUCCUUUGAGUUUGAGUUUACAACAAGUAGUAUUUUCUGAAAUAAUCAAUUUUUGCUUUAUAACUGUAUUUUUGUGUGAGUAAAUUGAUUUACACUCAGUAGUUUUAUUAAUGCUUUUUAUUACACAUGAUCAGGUUACCAAAAAAGCACACUAUAGGAAAGUGGAGGAAGAUACAGAGAUACGGUUUUUACUUGUUCCUUUUAGGUUCUUCAAACUCCACUUUUCAGUGGCUGUGGUGUAAUAGUCAGAUCUCCUGCCAGUGAAUUGAAUUACAUGUUCCCAGUCUAAUACUUUGCACAUUCCAGUUCCCAUUAACUAAUCAUUUCCUCAUACACGUAUCUCUUUCAUUUUUGUAGUUAUAACCCUGAUCUUGAUUCAGAUCCUUACGGUGAAGAGGGUAGUCUAUGGUCCUUCAACUACUUCUUCUACAACAAGAAAAUGAAAAGAAUCUUGUUCUUUACAUGUAGGGCAACAAGGUAACAACAGUUAUAAGUAAAGUGAUGGUACAUGGUGAGAUACAGACAGUAACAUUGACAGUCACAUAAUUAUAGUGAUGUAAACGUCUGGGCCCUGUUGUUCAAACGUCGGUUAGCGCUAUCCACCGGAUAAAUCACUAUCCAGCAGAUAGCGUAAUUGAUUUCGUAAUACUUAGCCGCUGGAUAGUGAUUUAUCCGGUGGAUAGCGCUAUCCAGCAUUUGAACAACCGGGGCCGGAAGUUUAUGGCUUGUUAAUUCUUGAAUCAAGGCCAGCUUUAAUAUAAUUUUUGAAACAAUGCUGUACAAUUUUGGCUGGCUGACCUUAAAUCUUGUCCCAUUUUACAACUUAGUACUUAUAGUUAUAAAGGGCAACAGGGAAAGACUAGAAAUGUGAAAGUGGUGAGGUAUAUGUGCAACCACAUUUAUUUUCCAACAAUGUCUUGUAGUAAGUGACAAACAUUGCAUCAUAUCCAUUUUAAUAUACACAUUUUUAGCCAUGCAGUAUUUCAAACUUGGGCAUUAUACACUGUAAGUCUUAAGUUUAUUUGUGAUCAGCAUUUAUUUGUUAAAAAGUGGUAUUAUGCCAUUUUUUGCAAACCAUUAUAUUCUCUUGGUGUGAAAAAAUUAAUUACUUUGGGACUACUAGUUUUUUCAACCAGCACCAUAAAUUGAGAACAGACAAUUUGGACUGUACUGCAUUUUCUUUAUAUAAAUAAGGUCUUAUGGUGACUUGUUAACAAUGAUUUGUUGUUAGCUCAAGUGCGCAGUACCAGUCUGAUGAAGGUGAACAGUUUGAAAUGGAGCCUAUGGACACUGAAUUUGAGGAGUCUUCUUUAAACAGGUGUGUG